UCGCUUCAACUUGUCCGGCGACUGCUUGUCAUAGGCGCAGUGAUGCGGGAGUGUUGGACUGACUGACAGCGUGAUAGACGAGUAGGGUUGCCAGCGGGCUAUGACGGGGGUGUCUUUACCUUCGCCUCCCAUUAUCUGUUUACUGCCAGGUAUGCUUUCAUUGUCCCCGUCGUCUGUCCGCACCGCCGAUGCGUCAUUUUCAGUCCUAACACAUUCGGAUAGGCCCCGUCUGUCGUGUACCGCGCUGUAUUCGAACGGGGCCCUGGUCACGAGUCGUUGCGUUCGUCUUCCCGGUCAUACACGCAAGGCGGGCACGCUCAGGUCAUCUGGUACGUCGUCGGCACAACCGACGCGAGACACUCUAUGUAGUAGAAUCAUAUCUACCUGUGCUCAUCAAGAAGUGACGGUAAUCGUGCACCCUGGCUCCGUCUCACGCCUGAGGCAGUGGGUCUGCGCGCUCGAGUUGCUGUUAGCGAUCCGGCGCAAAUUGCCUGUCAGCGUCCAAGCAGUAGCUGCAGCCCGCAAUGCACACGAGGCAGCAACACGGCCGUGCAGUCGUUUGCCGCAAUUGGUUGCCCGUGGUGUUGAGGACGCCUGCGGCGGCCUGCCGGUGUUCUUGCGUCGAUGCCGGAUUCCGAGGCGUGUCGUACGAAGGCCCCUCAACCAGUAUGCACGCGAACGGGGCCCUGUCGAUCAAGCCUGGGCCCAACUUCGUGUACAGGAACUCGGGAAGGCUGUACACAGCGGGACGGACAUGCGGGAGAGUCUGGAUCGGCGUGAUGGUGGACACCGGAGCAUCCCGAGCCGAGACGGGCUUGACGAAUGCGAGACUUGUGGACGCUGGUCAGUCGAGUCGAGCACACUGGCGGUAAGAGCAGAGAGGGCUCGGUGGAUGAGUGAGCAGAAACCGGCCCAACAGUCGCAACGUGACAGAGACGACCGCGACGUGGCCGACAGCAAGGGCGAGGCGGGAGAGACGGGUGUGCAGCAAACAAGAAAGAAGGCGAGAAAAUAACAGACGAAGAAGGCAGUGAGCGCGUGCGGCGGCGAAGCCCGCUGGGUGCAAGACAGCGAGUGAGAGCCAGCCAACGCCCGGGACAGCCACCGUCGGGAAUCUUCCAACCGCGACCAACCGAACGUGGUCGCGUACCUCCCACCCCACUUGAACCCACUCAGCCCACCAUGCUGUCCUCAAUAGCUGACGAGCAUGUGCGUUUCG